AUGGAUCUCUUGUCUGCUCUGAAAGCCAACGAAAAGGGUACGCUUUUUUAAUUUCUUAAUAUCUGUUAUAAUGAAUGUUUUUUAUGCAUUUGAGCGAACUUUCAAGUCUCACGUUUGUGCAGAAAAAUUAAAAAAUAAUUUCAGAGGAAUAUCGUUGUACGAGAUGCGGCGUCACCUACACGCACUUGGCUUCCUUAAACCGUCACCACCACACUGCUCAUGGAAAUGACCAUUAUUGUAAAAUCUGCAAUGCCAAAGUCCCAAGUAUGUUUUUACUUUUUAUCGAUAAUGGUUUUUCUUGCGUAAGAGGCAAACUAAUGAAAUUUCCUACCUAUACUGAUUUGAUCAAAAAUGCAAAAAAACUUCUUUCAGGUACCGAAUCCGUGAAAAAGCACAUGGCGGUGAAACAUGGGUUGAAGAAGGCUAUCACUUGCAGCUGCUGCAACUGGACUUUUCCUGAUAAAAGGGUUGGAUUUUCUUUUUGUCACAAAGUUUUCUUUUUUCUAUAAGUAUGAACAUUUCCAAGUUGAAAUUUUUAAAAAAAGUAGAACCUAUUACGGAAACAUGGAAGCCUAUCGAUGGCAUUUAGGUAAAAAAAGUAAGAUGCCAGCGUUAAGAAUAAAUGAAUAUAAAAAAAUUUGUUUUUUUGGUAUCUGUGAAAAUUUUUGCGAUAGAACAGAAAGCAAUGCAAGGUCUUUGUACCAAACUUCCGGCUUCUUCAAAGUUUUUUUAACUUUUCGAUAAUCUUUUUAUUCAUUUUCAAAUAACUUUUCAGGAAAUGACGGCUCAUGCGAUUAGUCUCGGACAAGGCGGACAUCCUGGCGUGGCGAUUGUGAUUGCUGUCAGCAGUCAGAAACCAGGUAAUUAACUUUUCAGUAUAAAUAAAAGCAAAGACUUUUUUCUUUCCCUCAAAAACUGUUUCUUCAAGGCUUCAAUUCAUUUUUAGGAUCUCUUCACCAAGGUCGUGGCGUUGGACCUUUUCCAAAUCUGAGAAACGCUGAACAGAUCACGAAACAAAUCGAAGGAGUUGAUAAAAAUUCGACUGAAAAAAAGAUUGGGAGGUGGCCAAGCUUAAUAAGCCGGUUUGUUAUUGUUUGUUAUAAACAAGAAAAACAAAUUGAUGAGGAAAAUAGUUCGAGAUUUUUUCGAAAACUUUCAUCAGCCAUUUUGACAGUACUAAUCAAGUUAAGGAGAAGAAAAGAACUCUGGAAUUUUUACAGAAACCUCGUGCGCAAAGCGAUUACGGUCCAGGAGGUGUCAAGAAGCAGAAAUUACCAAAUGGAUCCGCUGUUGUCACUGAAAAGGUGGUCGAUCGCGGCAAUAAUCGAUCAAGUUUUUUUUUUUCAGAUUGCUCGCUUGGUUGGCGUUUUUUCGCCAACUCGGUCCUUGACGACCACGGAGUCUGUUCUUUUGGAUACGCUGUACGGAGAUGUAAGUUUUUAAAGUAAAAACUAUCUUCCAGUUUUUAUUACAAUAUGAAUGUCUUUCACAAUUAGUUCAUUUUGAAUAAAUUUCGAGUCAGCGAGGACUCGAAGGUGAAAGUUCAAUACUAAAAAAAGGUGGUAUUUCGGAAUUUACGAGACAUUUUUUCAGAAAUCCCCAGAUGCUAAGUUUGCUGAUUUUGGCUUGGAAAGCGUCAAAGAAGAGCCGACGGAUGAAGAAGGGUCUGACGUGGAAGCUGCCGAUUCGGAUGUCUCUUCUGGCGAAGAUUACGAGUCGGACAAAGACGAGGUGCAGAAACAGAUCGCCCAAUUCCAAUAUGCGGAAGAAGUCGAUCCUUCGGACGACAAGAAAGACAAGGACUACGAAUAUGUUAGCGAUUCUGUGAGUUUUUAGUGAUGUCAAGGUUGGAAAGACGAACUUGUAUUUUCAUACCAGUCUCAUUUCGAAGAUGUUCUUAGAGGCUGUAGAAGGGUUCAACGAUUUUGUUUCAGGACGAAGACGACGACGAUGCGUACAACAACGCUGUCCCAGUCGGUUCCUUCGGAAGAAAAAAAGAAAAAUAUUUGGUUAGCAACCCUCAAAGGUUACAUUGAUUCAAUUUUUUCAGACUCGUACGUCUAACCAGAAUGUGAAGAACUAG